UCUUCAAAACUAGCCUCAGGACUUGGAUUGCUACUACCUGGUGUGCUUGCUGCUUGGUGUUGAUUAUGGAUCAAUCUGACUCGGAGUCCAUGGUGUUGGAAGGAACUAGUCUGUUUUCGGUGCUCAUCUCAUGGAGAAGUCUAAGUCGUUUCCUCUUGUCAAUGACGUUGUUGCUGGUGCUGCUGCGGUACACUUCUGUAGGUGCAGCAGCACAAACCAACAUCACCACGGACCAGUCUGCUCUUCUUGCUCUGAAAUCCCAUAUCAGUAGUGACCCAGACAACAUCUUGGUCAACUGGUCAACCAUCACCCCAGUUUGUAAUUGGGUUGGCGUUACUUGUGGUGCUCGCCACUUGAGAGUUUCAGUCCUAAACCUCUCUUAUAUGGGACUCACCGGCAUCAUUCCACCGCACCUCGGCAACCUCUCAUUUCUUAUUGAGCUGCUUUUCAAAAACAACAGUUUCCAUGGCACCUUGCCCCAUGAAUUGUCUCAUUUACAUCGCCUCAAGUUGAUUAGCUUCGCAUUCAACAAUUUUAUGGGAUCCAUUCCAUUGUGGUUUGGGUCCUUCCCUAAACUUCAAAGCUUCAGUUUGUGGGGCAAUCAAUUUUCAGGUUCUAUACCCACGACCAUCUUCAACUUAUCUACAUUGCAAGAGAUUGAUCUAGAGUACAACCAACUAUCAGGAGGGAUACCAAGGAAAAUUGGGAACUUAACAAUGCUGAAGCGGAUAUACCUGAGCCACAACAAAUUCACCGAAAUUCCAAACGAGAUCGGCUUUUUAGAUCAGGUGGAGCAUUUGUUCGUUCAAGUGAAUGCCCUAAAAGGGCAUGUUCCUGCCAGUCUCUUCAACAUGUCCUCUUUGACUAUUUUGACUCUAUAUGGAAACAGUUUGAGUGGUGGUCUUCCAGAUAAUAUAUGCCAGCAUCUUCCUAGUCUUCAGAAAGCUAAUUUUGGCCGCAACCAGUUUGAUGGUCCACUUCCAUCCAAAUUGUGGCAUUGCAAACAUCUUCUUGCAUUAAGAAUGUCUGUAAACAAUUUCAGUGGAAGCAUACCCAAAUAUAUUGGCAACUUAACCCAAGUAACAACGAUUUAUCUUGACAACAACAAUUUGACAGGCACUAUACCAAACGAGAUCGGUGAUCUUCAAAAUUUAGAGGCUUUAUCAAUCCAAUUCAACAAUCUACAUGGCCUCAUCCCAGCCUCAAUCUUCAAUAUCUCCACAAUAACAGACCUCGGACUUGGUUUUAAUAUGCUAUCAGGUAGCCUCCCAGCAAACAUAGGCCUUGGGGCUCCAAACCUACAAGGCCUUUAUCUAUCAGGAUCUGACCUCAGCGGAGUAAUCCCCAACCUCUCCAAUGCUUCUAUGCUCAUGAAGCUAGAGUUGAACUACAACUCAUUUACAGGGUUUAUUCCAAGCACGCUCUGUGCCUUGACAAACCUUCAGGGGCUUAGGUUAUCAAGGAAUAAUUUGGCGAUUGAUACUUCGACUCUCUCUUGUUUGGCUAAUCUUGCAAAUUUGAGAACACUGGGGUUGGGAUAUAAUCCUUUAAAUGUCAGACUUGAUGAUUCCUUUCGGAAUUGCUCUACAUUGUCGCGGCUUCAAUAUAUUAAAUUAUCCAAUUGCAACAUGAGGGGUAACAUUCCCAUUGGUAUUAGCAACAUUAGCGGCUUGGUAAUUUUAUCCCUGGAUGGCAAUCAAUUGAGUGGAUCAAUUCCAACUUCACUGGGAAGACUAGGGAAUCUCCAAGGUUUGUACUUGAGUUACAACAAAUUGCAAGGGUACAUCCCAUAUGAACUUUGUCAACUAGAUAACCUAGUUGAAUUGGUUUUGCUUGGUAAUAAGCUCUCUGGUUCUAUACCUUCCUGUUUGGGUAAUCUAGCCGCAUCUCUAAGAACUCUAUCACUGGAGUCCAAUUCGUUGAGUUCCACAAUACCAUCAACUUUUUGGAAUCUUGUUCAUAUCUUGCAUGUCAACUUGUCAUCCAAUUCUCUAAUUGGAUCUCUCUCACAAGAUAUUGGAAACUUGAAAGUUGUGAUAGAUGUAGAUUUAUCAAAUAACCAUUUAUCUGGUGUUAUACCAAGCACCAUUGGCGGUCUUCAGGAUCUGGUUAUUCUUUCCUUGGCAAGUAAUAAUUUGGAAGGACCUAUUCCAAGUUCAUUUCACGACUUGCUAAGCCUGAAACUCUUGGAUUUAUCCAGAAACAAUCUGUCUGGAGUGAUUUCCCAGUCUUUAGAAGCUCUGUCACUUCUCAAGUAUCUGGAUUUGUCUUUCAACAGGCUCCAAGGACAAAUUCCAACUGGUGGCCCGUUUCAAAACUUCUCUGCUCAAUCAUUUGUCUCAAACAGUGCACUAUGUGGUGCACCCCGACUUCAUGUUCCACCAUGCAAAAAGGGUACACUCGAACCAAAUUGGAGGAAAGCUAAAUAUAUCGUCCCAGGGAUCAUAUCAGUAGUUCUCCUAGUGGCCUCCGUAUCUAUCUUUCUACUACGCAGGAAAAGGAAUGUGGAAGUUACAAUAGAGGCUAGCUCAUUGCUUCAACCUCUUUGGAGAAGAGUUUCACGCCUAGAACUUCUAAGGGUAACGAAUGGAUUUCACGAAAGCAACUUACUUGGAAGUGGAAGUUUUGGAUCAGUAUAUAAAGGGACACUUUCAUAUGGAAUAGAUGUUGCAAUAAAGGUUUUCAGUUUACAGCUAGAAGGGGCAUUCAAAAGUUUUGAUAGGGAAUGUGAAAUCCUAAGCAAUAUUCGUCAUCGAAACCUUGUCAAAAUCAUCAGUUGUUGCAGUGAAAUUGAUUUCAAAGCCCUGGUAUUGCAAUACAUGCCAAAUGGGAGCCUCGAGAACUGGUUGUACUAUCGAGGAUAUUCUUUGCAUAUCUUACAGAGGAUGAACAUAAUGAUAGAUGUUGCUUCGGGAUUGGAAUACCUACACCAAGGUUAUUCAAUACCUAUAGUCCAUUGUGAUUUGAAGCCGAGCAAUAUACUACUAGAUGAUGAAAUGGUUGCACAUGUUGCUGAUUUUGGAAUUGCAAAACUCUUGGAUGGAGGAGAUUCUAUGACCCAAACCAUGACCCUAGCCACAGUUGGGUAUAUGGCUCCAGAGUAUGGAAUGGAAGGAAUAGUUUCAAGAAGUGGGGAUGUGUACAGUUUUGGAAUUCUAGUGAUGGAAACAUUCACAAGAAGGAAGCCAACAGAUGAAAUGUUUGGUGAGGAAAUGAAUAUAAAGCAAUGGGUUGCAAACUCACUAGUAUUACCAGAUGCAAAGAUAGAUGAAGUUGUGGAUGCCAAUUUGCUUGGGAUUGGGACAGAGCAGGAAGAUGAUGAUCAUGUGAGAAAGAGGGAUUGCUUAUCAUCCAUUAUGCAAUUAGCUCUUGCUUGCUGUGCAGAAUCACCAGAAGAGAGGAUGAAUAUGAAAGAAGCUGUAGCCACACUCAAUAAAAUCAAGAUGAAGUUUUCCAGGGACGCCGCAAGAGGUGUGGUGUUAAACCGUCCUCUUGCUCAUCGCUUCAAUUAAUGGAUCCUAUGACAAUGACAUAUAUUUCUUUCAUGCACUUUGGUUGGAUUCGAUUCAAUUUGAGUCUUAAUUCAUGUGGUUGUGUAAUUGUAUUUGAAUUUUAAAUACAAUAAUAUAUAGAUGGAACAAGUCAUCAUAAAGAAAUUCAAAGCUUCUUAC